AUGGAAAAAUUAAAAAACGAGGACAUUACGUGCGAUGUCAUACGCGACAUCCUCGACACCCACAACAGAAUACGUCAGUCUAUCGCCGAGGGAUCAAUUAAUGCUCAACCACCUGCCGCCAACAUGCGCGAACUGGUACGUCGCGAUAAAUAUUGGGACUCCGAGCUUGCAGCCGGUGCACAGAUUUGGGCGAAUAAAUGCACAUUCGCUCACAAUCAUCCCAAAGAAAGAGAAGUUGAGAGAUUUGAAGUCGGACAAAAUAUUGGACUGAUAAGGUCGAGAAGAAAUAAUACCGUAAAAUUGGAAUUUUCCAAGCAUAUAUACAACUGGUUCGAUGAACACAAAGUCUACCAAUUCGGUCCUAUUGACAAUGAAAUUAUACAGGUGGCUGGCCACUACACACAGCUUGUUUGGGCAAACACUUAUUUAGUUGGGUGCGGAUAUUCGCAAUAUAAAUCGAAUAAUACAGUUUUUCAAUUCUUCGUCUGUCAUUAUGGACCCACGUAAGUAGUGAAGAAUAACACAUAAAUAUUUCGAAAAUUGCACUAAAAAAAAUGAAAAAAUUAAAAAAGUUGCUAUAUUAUAUGCGAAAAUUACAAUUAUGCUUGUUUAAUGCAAAGCGGCAACGAAAUUGACACAUCACCGUACACUGUUGGCAGCCACAGUUGCGAUCACCACUUGAAAACCUCAAGCGAAUAUCCUAAUCUUUGCGGUACGGUUAUUUAUGCAACAAACAACAAUUUUUAUAAACGUUUUAAUCAAGAAAAGUUUACAUAAAAAAACUCAAUUUACGAAAAUCUUAACAAAAGAAUUAAGGAGAAUAAAUAUUACUUGUGAUUCAACAGGUCUUGAAAAUCCACCAGCAAGUUGCCCCGAGAACAAUGAUAAAAUUCAUAGCGACGAGAAUAUAACGUCCAUCGGAUAUAGAUUUUUCAGUAAUAUCCGUGAUGACGUGCAACAAGGAAACAAAAACAACAAUAUUACAAAUAACAGGAAGAAGCAACAUUCUCUUCAUGGAAAAUACAUACAUAUUCCUAUCAAGAAUUUUCUG